GCUCCCCGGAACGCGUCAUCAGCCUGCGCUUCUCGCUUGAGGAAGAGGUUUCGGUUGGAGGAUGAUGGCCGCCUGCAAGGCGGUGGCAGUCUCGGCAACAGUGGCGACAGCGACAGAACGGUCCGAAGAGGCAGCGAAAGCAUCCACCACGGGGACGGCGGCGUCAGCGGCGGCCUCCGCCAAGGUCGCGGUACAGUCGGCUGUGGGGAAGACGGCGACGGGGGCCUCCGCCACGGCGAUGGCGGGGGCAGCGGGGGCCUCCCGCUCGGCGGCGGCCGCCAAGCUGCUGUCUCUGAGCGGCGUUUUCGCCGUGUACAAGCCCAAAGGCCCCACGUCGGCCGAGCUGCUGAACCAGCUGAAGGAGAAACUCCUGGCAGAAGCUGGUAUGCCUCCUCAAGAUGGCAACAAAAGGAAGAAACAGGCAUUAAAAAUUGGUCAUGGAGGAACUUUGGACAGUGCUGCCACAGGAGUUCUGGUGGUUGGAAUUGGAAAAGGAACAAAAAUGUUGACCAGUAUGUUAUCAGGUUCCAAGAAGUAUAUUGCUACUGGAGAAUUGGGGAAAGCUACUGAUACAUUGGAUUCAACAGGGAAAAUUACAGAAGAAAAACCUUACGAUCAGAUAAAACAAGAAGAUAUUGAAGGUAUUCUUCAGAAAUUUACUGGAAAUAUAAUGCAAGUACCCCCUCUCUAUUCUGCUUUAAAGAAAGAUGGACAGAGACUUUCAACUUUGAUGAAGAAAGGUGAAGUAGUAGAGGCAAAACCUGCCAGACCAGUCACAGUGUAUAGCCUCUCCCUUCAAAAAUUCCAGCCACCUUUAUUUACAUUAGAUGUUGAAUGUGGAGGAGGUUUUUAUAUCAGAAGCUUGGUCAGUGACAUUGGCAAAGAACUCUCUUCCUGUGCCACUGUGCAAGAAUUGACCCGAACUAAACAGGGACCAUUUACACUAGAGGAACAUGCCCUUCGUGAAGACAAAUGGACAAUUGAUGGAAUAGCACAAUCCCUAGAGCAUUGCAUGCCUCUUCUCUCAGUAGAACCUUCUGUUAAAAAAUUAAAAACUGAAGAUUCCAAAGUACAAGCUGUGAGCUCUGAAGACAAAACAAUAAGUCAGGUUAAGGAAAAAGAUGGAGUGAUUGGAACAUCUUAAGAUUGGACUGGGAUUGUUAUGUUUUGCUGGUUGAAUUUAUAACCUUUUAUGUGCAAAAUGACAAGCUGCAUUCUUUUAAAAAAAAAAAAAAAUUCUCUGCGCACGAGCGCUCUCUCUCUCUCUCUCUCUCUCUCUCUCUCUCUGCAUGGAGAAAAAGUCCAUAAUUUCUACAACAUGCUAUUCAUCUGAUACAUUGCAUUAUAAAUGGGUUUGUCAGGAUUCUAAAUUGUUUUCUGUAUCUGUUUUUGUGUUACCAUAUUGGCAAUAAAAAUUUUAAAUCAAAAUUUCAGAAAACUUAAUUUUCUGAAUUUAGUCACUCAUCAGUUAUCUACGUCAGUAAAUAAGUUAAAUGCAUUUUCUAAUCUAAUGAGAACAAAAUUGGUACUGUACUUUGUUUUCUGAAAUUCAGAAAUUCAAAACUGUAUAUAAUUUUAUUUAUUGGACCACCCAGAUAAGUUUUGUUAAUUCGCUUAAGACAAUAUCAUGCCAAGUUUUUUUUUUUAAACAGAGCUUGACAAUGGUCCUUUGGUUAAUUCAUUUGCUUCUUAUGAAACUAAUUUUGGGAAAUUAAUCAUUAUAAAGAAAUAUUGUUUGGAAAAGAUUUAUAUCUACCUUUAGUCAUAUAUUUUUUAUUUUCAGGCUAGGGACCAACCAGAUGCAAUAAAUAAAUAUAAAUGGGCUCUAAUGAUAAUCACCUACUGCCCAUAUUAAUAGAAUUAAAAUCAAUAAUUUACUUUUUAUAUUUAUCAACUCAGAUGAUUAUUCCAUGAAAAUAAAGGAUAAAGCAAUUAAAGCUUAUUAAUUUGUAGGAAGUAAAGGAACUUUUGUGUUAGUAGUUGGAUCAAUGAUACAGUAGACUUUUGACUUAAUGUUACCUAAUCUAACAAGACUAUCAUAUUUUCCUUUAAUUGGGGGCAGUAGGGAAGAAUAUUUAUUUGUUUAUUUAUUUAUUGCUAUUUAUCUUUUCUCUUUUAAAAAAAACACUAUCUUUACCUGUGGCUUUUUUUUUUUUUAAACUUGUUUACUUCAAGGAUUGUCUCAAGUGUUAUUUAUUGGUUUUGACCGAAGUGCUUCAUUACAUUUCUAGGUAGACUUCUACCUAGAAAUAAUAAUAGCCUUGAUUAUUUUGUGCCUUUUUU